AUGAAAGAAAAGAUAAUUGAUACAAUUAACUCAAGGGAUACUUCAGAGGAAAAACAUGUCCAUUUCGAAGAAAGUGAGGAGGAAGAAUCCCAAACCGCAUCCAGUGAAUCUGGAGAGGCCAAAUAUGAAGAAUUUCAAAGAAAGAAGAAAAGGUCAUCAACGUUGCCAAACCCAAACGUUAAAAUGAAUUUAUCUGGUGAAGUACAAUUAAUACUUCACAACAAGGGCACUUGCAAACCGUGCGCAUUUGUUUAUAACAAGAAGAAGACUUGCCGAAACGGACUAAGUUGUGGGUUUUGCCACCAUGAAGACCACGCCUUGUGUACGCUCAAGAGGUGGAAGAAACAGCAGAAACUAGCUUCGUUUGUGAGAAUAUUAAUUUUUCAAUUUAAAUUUUCUAUUAUAUUUUGUAAAAUAAAUUAUAGAAUUAAUAAAAUGAGUGAAAAUUCAGUUGAAAAUGAACCUGGAGAUGAAAGGUUCAAAUUAAAGGCUAGAUUCAGGAAAAAGAAGGAAAAAACAUUCGAAAAGGAUGAAAGAUUUAAUAAAGUAUUUAAAGAAGAUGUAAAAUUAAAAUCUGGGCCUAAAAUUGACCCAUUUGGACGUCCAUUAGAUCAUACUUCAGUUAAGGAAAUAUAUUCAUCCUCGGAUGAGGAAGAUUUAGAAGAAGGAUUAGAACCAGUUACAACUGAAGAGAAGGAACCAAUAGAAUAUGGUGAAGAAAGUGAUCGCAUUGCAGUAAUUGGCUGUGACUGGGAUAAUAUAACAGCAGAUGACCUUUUUGUUCUCUUUGAAACUAUCUAUAGAUCAAUUAAUAAUAACAAUUUUGUCACAGCAGUUAAAAGAGCCGCUAUAUAUUUGUCAGAUAUCGGAGAAAAGAAGAUUUCAGAGGAGAAUAUAUCAGGACCCUCAAUUGAAAAUUCCACAGAAACACGUGAUGAAGAAGGUUUUAAUUUAUACAAUUUUAUGAUGAUGAAACUAGACAAGAAGCACUUAGAAAGUACCAAAAAGAACGUUCAAAUAUUAUAUAUUGUGAUUAGAUAUUAUUAUGGAGUUGUGGAAUUCAAUUCUGUGGAAAAGGCAAAAAUAUUGUAUGACGAACUUGAUGGGACAGAGGUGUCAUUUGCAAUUGAUGGAUUGGAUCUUCGUUUUGUGCCACCAAAUUUGGAGUUUCCAAGGAAACCAACAACCGAAGCAUUUAAAAUACCAAAUAACUAUCAGCCUCCAGUAGGAUCACAAUCUGCUUUAAGACACUCGAAAGUUGAGUGUAAGUGGGAUACAACCCCUGCGAAAAGAUUUAAAACACUAACAAAAAGGUUCACUGAACAAGAAUUGGCCUCUUUGGAUUUGUCAGAAUAUUUAGCCUCAGAUGACAGUGAAGAAGGUAUACCAGAUGAUGUGCCAAACUAUAAAAGAUUAUUAAAUGAAGUUGACAGAGAAUCAGAUAAGGAUGAUGAUGAAAAUCCUGAUGAAGAUAGUGAAAUAGAGGAAGAUGAGGAAGAUACUGAUAAUGAGUUGGAUGAUGAGCAUAUAUCAGCAACAGUCGGAAACUUCAAAAUUUCAUUUGGACCAAAUGUAGCAAUACCAACUGAAGAAGUUGUUGGAAAACCUGGAGAUUACAAUGGUAAAGUCAAGAAGAAUAAAUUUAAGAAUAAAAAGGUAGUUGAGGAUCAUACAAUUGAGGGACGUCACUUUGAUAUGAGAUAUUUGAAGAGUAAAAAGCAUCAAAGUCGAGUUCAACAGCCAGGAUUCCAGUCAAAUUUUGAUGAUGAGAGGCUAAAGAAAGUGUUCCAGGAUCCUAAAUUCGAAAUUGAUACAACUGACCCGAAUUAUAAAAAAACUGAAUUUAACCAAAAAUUGCUUGAACUAAAGUCUAAACGCAAAGUUAUGUCAGAAAAUAAUGCCCAGUUGUUUUUGAAGUUUCUCCUCUCGGGAGGUACACCUUCGGCAGCAAAAACACUUUUAGACCAAAUAAGUGUGGAAGAAAUGGUAUUUCAACUAGUUUCAUGCCCGUCGGAGUCUUUCAUACCAUACACCUCAGAUCCGGAAGAAGAUUCCACAACCACUGAGGCUUUAGAUGAAAAAUAUGUUGGAAAUCUAAUCAUAAGGACACUGGACUUGCUCUUGGAUAAAAGAGUAUACGAAUCCAUCUUUAAUAAUCAACAGAUUAUGGAACUGUUAAGUCAAGGAAUCUCAGAGUACAACUACUAUGCCAAGAGACUAAUUUCAAAACAUAUUAGGAAGUAUUUAGAAAAUGGCGGGAAAAACGACAAUGUGUACCGAGUGGUAUGGAAUUUGUUACUGGACAGGGAAUAUAUCGUAUUUGAGGAUUCUGCAAACGCUAUUUGUUCAAUUGUUUCCAGAUCUGGAGAAGAGGACUUUUUGAACCAGGAUAGACUGGCUUUAUUACUGAGGUGUUUAUCAGGAGAAAUGGAAGUGAAGGAGAUUGACAAGGUUACAAUGGAACUCAGGGUAUUAGAAUUUUGUACAAUGUUAGGAAAGGCAAGUCAGUACUGUUUCAAACUUUUACGUGAUAACCAAGUGUACGACCAUAUAUUUAAGCUGUAUAUGAACGAAGACGUAUUGGUUAAGCUAAACUGUUUGGAAAUUUUAGAUUCGAUGGUUCCUCUAAUUAAAAAGCUUGACUUUGAAUCAAAACCUUCGAGAGAUUUUAUGAAAGAAGCCGUGGAGCUUUUCAGUAAGAAAGAUUUAGAUGUGGAAUCAGACUUGGUAGCAGGUCCUCUGCUAAGAUUUUUCAGUACCAUAGUUUUGAUGGAUAAUGUUCUAAAGGGAGAUGAAAUUGUUUUAUUUUCUCACUGCGUGGCUGAUAACAUUUUGAACUCUACCAAAAAGAAUAUUCAGUACUACUCAUCUCUGGCCUGUUUCGGAUCACUUUUCAUCAGAGGGUAUUUAACUGAAGAAGUCUCACAGAAAUUUCUGGAAAUAGUCAAUAAUUGCACAAAUGAGGAUGUUCUGUAUUCCUGUCUAGAGUCUUUGCAGUUUGUUAGUCAGGCUGGUGAUUCAUCUAAAUCCAAAUUUGUAUUAGAAGCUUCGGCUUGCAUUGUGGCAGUUGUUUCUAGGUUUCCUUUCAGCGAAGUUAGGGAAGCGUGUUUUUGUUAUUUGAUGAAUUCUCUCGAUUACGAUGGCGUUACAGAACUUCUAAUUAAAUCAGAAAAUGACUCUCGUCUACUAAGCGCUCAGGAGAAUAAUUAUGAAACAACAUUAACCAAGAGAAAACUCAUUAAAAAGUUUCUACAUAGCGUAGAACAGUUAUAUAAGCCAGAAUCAUGUCCUAUCUCGGAUUCAACGGUUAGAUUGUUAAAGUCUGUUUAA